AUAUGUCGUAACUGCAAGUGCGGCCAAGAAGAACAUGAUAUCCUCUUGAGCAAUGAAGAGGAUCGAAAAGUGGGGAAACUUUUCGAAGACACCAAGUAUACCACACUGAUUGCAAAACUAAAAUCAGAUGGAAUUCCCAUGUAUAAACGCAAUGUUAUGAUAUUGACCAAUCCAGUUGCUGCCAAGAAGAAUGUCUCCAUCAAUACAGUUACCUAUGAAUGGGCUCCUCCUGUCCAGAAUCAGGCAUUGGCCAGGCAGUACAUGCAGAUGCUGCCCAAAGAAAAGCAGCCAGUGGCAGGCUCGGAAGGGGCACAGUACCGGAAGAAGCAGCUGGCGAAGCAGCUCCCUGCACAUGACCAAGAUCCUUCAAAAUGCCAUGAAUUGUCUCCCAAAGAGGUGAAGGAAAUGGAACAGUUUGUGAAGAAAUAUAAGAACGAGGCUCUGGGAGUAGGAGACGUCAAACUUCCCUGUGAGAUGGAUGCUCGAGGCCCCAACCAAAUGUACAUCCCUGGCGGAGACAGAAGCACCUCAGCAGCGGUGGGGGCCAUGGAGGACAAAACUGCUGAGCAUAAAAAAACUCAGUAUUCCUGCUAUUGCUGCAAAAUGAGUAUGAAGGAAGGCGAUCCAGCCAUCUAUGCUGAAAGGGCUGGCUAUGAUAAACUGUGGCACCCAGCUUGUUUCGUCUGCAGCACCUGCUAUGAACUCCUGGUCGACAUGAUUUAUUUCUGGAAGGAUGAGAAGCUGUACUGUGGCAGACAUUACUGUGACAGUGAGAAACCCCGAUGUGCUGGCUGUGAUGAGCUGAUAUUCAGCAAUGAGUAUACCCAGGCAGAAAACCAGAAUUGGCACCUGAAACACUUCUGCUGCUUUGACUGUGACAACAUCCUAGCUGGAGAAAUAUAUGUGGUGGUCAAUGACAAACCUGUCUGCAAGCCCUGCUACGUGAAGAAUCAUGCUGUGAUAUGUCAAGGAUGCCACAAUGCCAUUGAUCCAGAAGUCCAGCGGGUGACCUACAACAAUUUCAGCUGGCAUGCAUCCACUGAGUGUUUCCUGUGCUCCUGCUGCAGCAAAUGUCUCAUUGGGCAGAAGUUCAUGCCAGUAGAAGGGAUGGUUUUCUGUUCAGUGGAGUGUAAGAAGAUGAUGUCUUAGGAGGAGAGCAGUAUUGAGCCAUAGCUAUCCAAAGUGGUCUGCAUUUCUAUUAUAAAAUCCGAUUUGAAAAAAUAAAAGGCAAAAGAGAAAGUGUAAAAGAAACCAGGAGAGUUUGUUCA